UGGUAUCCACUUUUAGACGUUAACUUAACAUAUAAAAAAAAAAGCAGGACCCUAUUAAAAGGCAGGAAGGUUGCUCAUAAGAGGGUGCAGAAGUUCAGUUUUCUUUUUGUUCCCCUAGCUUUUGUAUGUUCUGUACAAAUCCAUCUUUUUCCUGGAAUAAAAUAUAAUAAAAACAUCUAAGAAAACAAACGAGGGGAAAAUAAAAAAUACAAGGUAUGGCUCAAAAGAGUGAAAGUGAAGAAAACAGAGAGUAAAAGCGGGAGGAAGAUGGAAUGAGGAAGGUAGGGCACUCCUCCUAAUGGCAACACCUCACAGGAGCUUCUACAUCUCUGUCCUAUUUCCUUUUGGAAGUAGAUGAGGGAGCAAUCACAGGCUCCUCUGUGCAUGAUCUGUGGCUGUUUCCAAACCCGGAGGAGGAAGCGGCGGCGGCGGCACAAUGAAUCGUGGGGGAGGCAGCAGCCCCAUGGAGGAACCCUCAAAGGCUACCCUGCACAAUAAUUCACUGUGGUGGCUGGCUUGUGGGCUCCUUGCCCUGCUAGCCAACUCCUGGAUAAUCUUGAGCAUCACAGCCAAGCAACAGAAGCACAAGCCCCUGGAGCUGCUGCUGUGCUUCCUGGCAGGGACACACAUCCUUAUGGCUGCCGUGCCACUGACUACCUACGCGGUGGUGCAGUUGCGACGCGAAUCCUCUGACUAUGACUGGAAUGAGAGCAUUUGCAAGGUCUUUGUCUCUACCUAUUAUACAUUGGCCUUGGCCACGUGCUUCACUGUGGCCUCCUUGUCUUAUCACCGUAUGUGGAUGGUAAGAUGGCCUGUCAACUACCGCCUCAGCAAUGCCAAGAAGCAGGCCCUGCAUGCCGUGAUGGGCAUCUGGAUGGUGUCCUUCAUCCUCUCUACAUUGCCUUCCAUUGGCUGGCACAACAAUGGGGAGCGUUACUAUGCCAGUGGCUGCCAGUUCAUUGUCAGCAAGAUAGGUCUGGGUUUUGGUGUAUGUUUCAGCUUGCUUCUCCUGGGAGGCAUAGUCAUGGGCUUGGUGUGUGUGGGCAUCACUUUCUACCAGACUUUGUGGGCACACCGAAGGCACCACAGAUGCCACCACCAGAGAACAGAAGACGCCUCCUCUUGUCCUUCUUCAGCUCACAACACCUUCAAUGUGCCAGCCAUUGUGGUAGAGGAUGUCCGAGGCAAACGACGGUCGUCUCUGGAUGGAUCUGAAUCUGCCAAGACCUCCAUGCAGAUGACCAACCUCAUCAGCGCCAUUGUUUUCCUCUAUGAUACACUGACUGGGGUGCCCAUUUUGGUGGUGAGCUUCUUCAGCCUGCGCUAUGACACUGCUCCCACCUGGAUGGUGCUGGCUGUGCUUUGGUGCUCCAUGGUGCAGACCCUGCUACUGCCAUCCUUCAUCUGGUCCUGCGAACGUUACCGGGCUGACGUCCGUACUGUGUGGGAACAAUGUGUGGCAAUAAUGUCAGAGGAGGAUGGAGAUGAUGAUGGCACUGGUGAUGAUUAUGGCGAUGGGAGGAUCUGCAAGGUGCGAUUCGAUGCCAAUGGUGCUGCAGCUAUGAAACGGGAUCCCAGGGACGCUAAGCUGCUGCCGGUGCAUCACAUGCUGUUGCCCCAUGACAGGGUGCACUACCUGCAGGUGCAGCAAGGAAGGUGGGGAGAACCCCGCAGGCAUACCACAGCCAGGACAGGAGCCACGCAAAGGCAACGUACUUGGAAGGUCCCUAUUUCUCGGAGGAUGUCCCAUGAUGAAACCAACAUCUUCUCCUCCCACCGCUCUAGUCCUUCCUUCCUUCACAAGUGGUCCUCAUCUGAUGACAUCCGGAUAGCCGUCCCCCACAAAGCUGGAGGAGCCUCUGGCUUUCUGCCUCCUGAAUUCCGUAACUACCAUCAUCGUCGACGGCCUCCUGAAGAUGAGUUCACCACACUUCGUCAGUUUCUGGAAGCUGGACUGGCCUCCCAGGGAACUGGACUGGGCUCUAACGCUUGCUUCUUCCGUGAUGAGAUCACCACCUUCAUUGAUGAAACCCCGGUGCCCUCUCCACUCAGCAGUCCACGCCACUCACGCCUUGCAUUCACAGUGCAGCGUGAGAGGCGCCACUCCCUUAGUGGGGCUGAGCAGGAAGAAGGCCCUAGCAGGGAUCGACGGUGUUCACUGACUGGUGGCAAAACCCUAUACCUCUUCAGUGGAGAACAGGAGCCCUGCAAAUGGACCAUGGCAGCUCAUGAGGCACAGACCUUCCAGGAGCUCAGCCUAUGAGAUGGCACUGAAGCAUUUGCUGUUCUCUGGAUUUUAAAGUAAAACUUUACAUGUUUCCCCAAUCCCAGGACCCAAGGGAUAAUUUAGGUCCUCAUGUUUCUCACCAUGUUGGCAGGGAGGGGGAAUGGUGUCCAUUGUGGGUCCUGAUGUGGUGGGCAGGAAAGAAGUGCGUGUAGGGGGAAGGAGGCAUGGCAUUGUUGGAGGGAGCCACAGCGCCCUGCUCUCAGAUGACAAAUAUGACCACAGACCACCACAGUCCAUCAAGGGCACUUUUAGUCAGCUCCAUUCCUUUGGUAGCAGUUAGUGCCACCCAUCCUGCCCUUCCUUAGUUCAAUCUAUUAUGAGAAACCCUCAUUGGUUGCCAAGUGUGGGAAAGAAAGGUAUUAAAGAAAAUCUAUAUUUGGAGUGUCA